GUAUCAAAAUACAAAAGUCUCUUAUUUAUUUAUAGUUUCUCAUAAUUUCUUUAAGUUUAUUUAAGGUAAGAAGAGCCAAUGGUGAUGAAGAGAACGUCACAUGUUCGUCUGCUCCGCCUUCUGCUUUGUCUGAUGUUUGUGAUUGGUCUUGUAGAAGCUAGUAUUCCAGGUGGUGGUAUGGGUCCAGAAAUAUACACUCCACCAUCAGGAUCAUGUGGAGCUCCUAUUGCCAAAUACGAUAUUUCGUCCCAGGUACUAACCAAGAGACCACCACCAUGUAGACGUCCUCGACUCGGAAACCAAGAAGAUGUUGUGACCCUGACCCAUGCCACACGUCCUUGAAAUAUAUACAGGAACAGUACUCGAUAUAUAUGUAAUGUUGUGUAAAGAUUUUCAAAGUGAUACAUGGAGUGACUCCAAUCUCGGUCAUUACCAAUUUUUUCACUAUAGGGAUUUACUAGAUAUUGCUUAAGCCUUUGAAAUGUAUUUAGACCGACAAAGAAAAAAACUGUGUCGCAUUUAUUAGCUU